ACAUCUUCCUCCGUUUCAUUCAGUUGUAAACAUAUCUGUAAUGUAUGUGAGGCCUUUGAGACAUCAUACUAAAUAAGUUGACUUGCUGGUCAAGGGAAAUGCAAGUGUUACUUCUUUUAUUUGCUGAGUCAGAGUCGCUAAGCCUUGUGGGAUAUUAAUGAAUGUGAACUCAGCAACCGUAAUUCCAGAACAGUCCCACUGUUGUAAUAGUGUGAUGUGUAUCUUCUGACAGACUCUAUGCUGAGUAAAGUCAUGUUUUUAUCCUAAAACGUUGUUCUACCAGAACCAAAGUGUGGAUGCAGUCACUAUUUGAGCAGUCUAAUCUCAUUAACCCAGAACUAUAAUCUUGUGUGAUUAAGUUCUGGGUCCAUACGUGUUAGAAACUACAGUAGGUGAGUCACAUGUUAUUUGUUACAGCAGUUUCCAUUGAAACGUACAGAGGAGUGUUUGCCAAUCAACCCUUUCUGUUUUGACAUCUGAAGGAGGAGUCUCUGAAAACCUAUUUAAAUCAGUCUGUCCUGACUCAGCUCAACAGUCUCCAGUCUACCAACUGGUCUCUGAAAACCUAUUUAAAGCAGUCUGUCCUGACUCAGCUCAACAGUCUCCAGUCUACCAACUGGUCUCUGUUAUAACUAUUUAAAUCAGUCUGUCCUGACUCAGCUCAACAGUCUCCAGUCUACCAAGUGGUCUCUGUAACUUCAUCUUUGUCUCUGUGGUGUACAGUCUUCAGGUGAUGAUGGGGGUAUUGAAUCAUCUCUCUACUCUCCUCCUUCUCUCUCUCCUUCCUCCUGCUUUCUCUCGUGUGGUGAACAGGUUCGAUCCAGAGUGCACGGAGUUUUUCCUGGGGGGGACAACUCCAAAUCUCCCAAGUAUUUUGGUUGGUGGGACAGUCCAGGACCAGAACCGCUACAAGCCGAUCUGCCAGUUGUUUAAAUACAUGAAGAAAAAGGUUGUUUACAAGACCUACAUGUUUGCAACUCUCUACGACACGUUCAACAGGAUCCCUGUGUUCUCAGCCUACACCUUCACUGGGGUCGGAUCGAGUGGGAAAAGACCAGAUAAAUGGAUGAUUGAACCUCAGCUGGACGGAGGAGUUGACCCAGUUAUGAUUCUGGAGAAACAAGGAGUCAUUUAUACACACCAGGCUGUCAAUCAGGAUUAUGAUAUAGAUGGUAAAAACAAGAAGGUGAACAAAGGUCACAUGUUUUCAAAAGCUUUUGCUCACCAACCUGUUAAUCAGGACUCCACCUUUACCCUGACAAACUCUGUUCCUCAAGUAAAGACAUUUAAUGAAGGUAGCUGGGCAAAGAUGGAGCUUAAGGUUAGAAAGAUUCUCCUGAAGCAGUGUCUAGAUAAUAACGUUAUCAAGGCCUAUGUGGUGACUGGAGCAGUGCCCAGUAAGAGCAACACACUGAACAACCGAGUGAACAUCCCAGAUAUCAUGUGGACAGCCUACUGCUGUUACAACAGUGAGAAGAAAGAGUGGAUGGCUGAAGCACACUGGGGUGAGAACAAAGAGGAAACGAACAAAAAAGUAUUGGAUCCCCAUCCCUUGUCAGAUCUGUAUGACAUGUUGAAGCAGUACUACCCAGGUGGUGAUGUCCAGGUUUUCCCAAAUAAGUGUCUAGGAGGUUCUUCUCAGAAAGAGAGAGAGAAGAGCAGAGGGAGGUAGGAAGUGGGGAUGUUAGUGGGAAAGGGUUAAUGGAAUGUGAUGAGGAUUGUUAAUGUCUCGUGUUGUACGUGUUACAGAACAGUCCCAGAUUUUGGUCCAGCGGUAACAGACAAGGAUAAAGUACAGUCCCCCAUGGGAGACCAGGGUUCAAUCCCUGAGUCAAAUCUUUAUAUCCUACCUUCUACUUUCACUGCUGUGUCUGUAUAUCACAUGAAAGAGAAUGCAAUUCUGUAGAAAAUAAAGUUUAAUUGAUUUAUGAUAUAAAGACAUUACUGUUGUUAAUACAUGGGCCAAAAGUUUGUCAGGUUCUGACUGCAAUGUAACUGUUACCAUGGAGAUACUAUUAUAUGUUCUGAAUGUAAUUCUAUCACAGUUACCAUAGAGAUACUAUUAUAUGUUCUGAAUGUAAUUCUAUCACUGUUACCAUAGAGAUACUAUUAUAUGUUCUGAAUGUAAUUCUAUCACUGUUACCAUGGAGAUACUAUUAUAUGUUCUGAAUGUAAUUCUAUAACUGUUACCAUAGAGAUACUAUUAUAUGUUCUGAUUGUAAUUCUAUCACUGUUACCAUAGAGAUACUAUUAUAUGUUCUGAAUGUAAUUCUAUCACUGUUACCAUGGAGAUACUAUUAUAUGUUCUGAAUGUAAUUCUAUCACUGUUACCAUAGAGAUACUAUUAUAUGUUCUGAAUGUAAUUCUAUCACUGUUACCAUAGAGAUACUAUUAUAUGUUCUGAAUGUAAUUCUAUCACUGUUACCAUAGAGAUACUAUUAUAUGUUCUGAAUGUCAUUCUAUCACUGUUACCAUAGAGAUACUAUUAUAUGUUCUGAAUGUAAUUCUAUCACUGUUACCAUAGAGAUACUAUUAUAUGUUCUGAAUGUAAUUCUAUCACUGUUACCAUAGAGAUACUAUUAUAUGUUCUGAAUGUAAUUCUAUCACUGUUACCAUAGAGAUACUAUUAUAUGUUCUGAAUGUAAUUCUAUCACUGUUACCAUAGAGAUACUAUUAUAUGUUCUGAAUGUAAUUCUAUCACUGUUACCAUAGAGAUACUAUUAUAUGUUCUGAAUGUAAUUCUAUCACUGUUACCAUAGAGAUACUAUUAUAUGUUCUGAAUGUAAUUCUAUCACUGUUACCAUAGAGAUACUAUUAUAUGUUCUGAAUGUAAUUCUAUCACUGUUACCAUAGAGAUACUAUUAUAUGUUCUGAAUGUAAUUCUAUCACUGUUACCAUAGAGAUACUAUUAUAUGUUCUGAAUGUAAUUCUAUCACUGUUACCAUAGAGAUACUAUUAUAUGUUCUGAAUGUAAUUCUAUCACUGUUACCAUAGAGAUACUAUUAUAUGUUCUGAAUGUAAUUCUAUCACUGUUACCAUAGAGAUACUAUUAUAUGUUCUGAAUGUAAUUCUAUCCCUGUUACCAUAGAGAUACUAUUAUAUGUUCUGAAUGUAAUUCUAUCACUGUUACCAUAGAGAUACUAUUAUAUGUUCUGAAUGUAAUUCUAUCACUGUUACCAUAGAGAUACUAUUAUAUGUUCUGAAUGUAAUUCUAUCACUGUUACCAUAGAGAUACUAUUAUAUGUUCUGAAUGUAAUUCUAUCACUGUUACCAUAGAGAUACUAUUAUAUGUUCUGAAUGUAAUUCUAUCACUGUUACCAUAGAGAUACUAUUAUAUGUUCUGAAUGUAAUUCUAUCACUGUUACCAUAGAGAUACUAUUAUAUGUUCUGAAUGUAAUUCUAUCACUGUUACCAUAGAGAUACUAUUAUAUGUUCUGAAUGUAAUUCUAUCACUGUUACCAUAGAGAUACUAUUAUAUGUUCUGAAUGUAAUUCUAUCACUGUUACCAUAGAGAUACUAUUAUAUGUUCUGAAUGUAAUUCUAUCACUGUUACCAUAGAGAUACUAUUAUAUGUUCUGAAUGUAAUUCUAUCACUGUUACCAUAGAGAUACUAUUAUAUGUUCUGAAUGUAAUUCUAUCACUGUUACCAUAGAGAUACUAUUAUAUGUUCUGAAUGUAAUUCUAUCACUGUUACCAUAGAGAUACUAUUAUAUGUUCUGAAUGUAAUUCUAUCACUGUUACCAUAGAGAUACUAUUAUAUGUUCUGAAUGUAAUUCUAUCACUGUUACCAUAGAGAUACUAUUAUAUGUUCUGAAUGUAAUUCUAUCACUGUUACCAUAGAGAUACUAUUAUAUGUUCUGAAUGUAAUUCUAUCACUGUUACCAUAGAGAUACUAGUAUAUGUUCUGAAUGUAAUUCUAUCACUGUUACCAUAGAGAUACUAUUAUAUGUUCUGAAUGUAAUUCUAUCACUGUUACCAUAGAGAUACUAUUAUAUGUUCUGAAUGUAAUUCUAUCACUGUUACCAUAGAGAUACUAUUAUAUGUUCUGAAUGUAAUUCUAUCACUGUUACCAUAGAGAUACUAUUAUAUGUUCUGAAUGUAAUUCUAUCACUGUUACCAUAGAGAUACUAUUAUAUGUUCUGAAUGUAAUUCUAUCACUGUUACCAUAGAGAUAAUAUUAUGUUCUGAAUGUAAUUCUAUCACUGUUACCAUAGAGAUACUAUUAUAUGUUCUGAAUGUAAUUCUAUCCCUGUUACCAUAGAGAUACUAUUAUAUGUUCUGAAUGUAAUUCUAUCACUGUUACCAUAGAGAUACUAUUAUAUGUUCUGAAUGUAAUUCUAUCACUGUUACCAUAGAGAUACUAUUAUAUGUUCUGAUUGUAAUUCUAUCACUGUUACCAUAGAGAUACUAUUAUAUGUUCUGAUUGUAAUUCUAUCACUGUAUGUAUCCAUCUUCUUCCCAUCUGAAGGAAUAAACAUCUAUAAUGAAUGAA